CAGAAGAGCCCAGGCCAAGGGGACAGGUCCUUGAUACCUCAAGUCAGCAAAGCCAACUCAUACAAGGAGUUUACAAUGUCAAGCAAUGUUUCAGAAUGCCAUAUCUAUGAAGAAAUGGAACCUUUUACCUAUUUUUACUUCUUGAUUUUUCUCAUGGGAAUUAUUGGAAGCUUCUUUGCACUGUGGGCAUUCACACAGAAACAUCAGAAACACAAGCCUAUGAGCAUCUACUUAAUAAACCUCCUCACUGCAGAUUUCUUGUUGACUUUGACACUGCCAAUGAAGAUUAUUGUUGACCUAGGAAUCGCGUCCUGGAACCUGAGAAUAUUCCACUGCCAAGUUACAGCCUGUUUCAUCUACCUGAACAUGUACUUAUCAAUCAUAUUUUUGGGAUUUGUGAGCAUGGAUCGCUGCCUCCAGCUGAUGCACAGCUCUAAGAUCUACCGCAUCCAGGAGCCAGGGUUUGCCAAGACACUGUCUGCAGUUGUGUGGAUCAUGAUCCUCCUCAUCACCGUGCCUAACAUGGCCAUUCCCCUCGAGCACACCGAAGAGAGACCCGGCGCGGGCUGCAUCGACAUCAAAUCAAAGUUUGGGAGGGACUGGCACGUGUUCACCAAUUUCAUCUGCACAGCCAUAUUCCUGAACUUCUCAGCUGUGAUCCUCAUUUCCAAUUUCCUCGUCGUCAGACAGCUCUACCGCCACAAGUACAGCGAGAGCUACGGCAGCGUGAGGAAGGCGCUGACCCACAUCCUGCUGGUGACGGCCGGCUACCUGCUCUGCUUCGUGCCCUACCACGCCGUGCGCAUCCCCUACACGCUGAGCCAGAGAGACACCACGGCCAGCUGCCCCCUCAGACGGGCCCUCUUCAAAGCCAAGGAGUCCACCCUGCUGUUUGCAGUCUCCAACCUCUGCUUUGACCCCAUUCUCUAUUACCACCUUUCCAAAUCGUUCCGGUUGAAAUUCACGGAGGCAUUUGCAGCACCCAAGGAAACAAAGGCUCUCACGGAGGUGGAGGUGCAGCACAGCCCUGAACAGCAGAUACACGGCCCUGACCCUCAGACACAGGGACACAGUGAGCUCACCUGCAGCACUGAACAGCAGAUACACAGCCCUGACUCUCAGACACAGGGACAGAGUGACCCCACCUGCAGCACUGACAGCUGCUGAGCGACUGUGCAUG